AACAAGAAACAUGUUGCUGAAAGUGGAGCUCAAUUAUAUGGGAAAGGGUUCACCGGAAAUGGGGAAGGAUUCAUUGGAAAAUAUCAGCAAGGUGGAGUAUGUUGCUGAAAGUUACUUUCAGCAAGAAGAAGUAUAUUGCUGAAAGUGGAGCUCAAUUACAUGGUAAAGGGUUCACCGGAAAUAGGGGAAGGAUUCAUUGGAAAAUAUCAGCAAGAUGGAGUAUGUUGCUGAAAGUGGAGCUCAAUUACAUGGUAAAGGGUUCAUCGGAAAUGGGGAAGGAUUCAUUGGAAAAUAUCAGCAAGAUGGAAUAUGUUGCUGAAAGUAACAGCAAGAAGAAGUAUAUUGCUAAAAGUGGAGCAGCUUUUCAAAGGGUGGAGUAUCCUGUACAACUUUCAGCAACAUAAGACUUGUUGCUGAUACAUAUUUUCAGCAACAAAGAAUCCCAUGUUGCUGAUAUAUUGUUGCUAAAAAUCAAAGUUUUAGUAGUGCUCUCUGUGAGUUCCUCCUUGAUCUUAUUUAAAUUUGUCUUGAUAUUAUAGAGGGCAGGUAGAUCUGGAAGGAAAUUGCAUGAAUAUGACAGCAUCCGGCAUUCGGCAAACAGAUUGUUGAGGCGGUAAAGCUUUUCCCUGAUGGCCGCAUUGUUCUCCGGCGAUGGUGAGGAUGGUAUGACUUGUUCAAUAAAACCCUUCAGUUUAG